UCCCCGUAGGUCGCAUGUCGCAAUCUUCAGUCUUCCCCUUUCUCUCUGCAUCGGAAGAAACCCUUCCCGAUUGCUCCACUCCCAGUUCCAGAAUUGGCUGAUGAUUGGGAUGUCAAGGAUGAAGCAAUGGUUCUCCAUGUGAGCUCUCAACUCAUCAUGGCAACAGAGAGGCUUCAAAUGAGUCGUUUGGCAAACGGGGAGGCUGAGAACAGUCACCACAAGAAGAGUGACCAAACCCCACAUCAAGCAAUCAAUGGAAGAAGAUGUGCGAACUUGGGGUCUGAAGGAGCCAGUGCUAGACCCUGUACUGAUGAAAAUGGUGGAGAAGUUUCUGAUGUUAUUCGCAAAAAGGCAAAGCAGCAGAAGGAAAUGACUUUCCAAGAUAUGUAUAACAAUCAAGGCCUCUUUGAUGAAGACGAAGAUGACGAUGGUGACUGGGAGCCCCCUCAACUGCAACGCACUUCACAAAUGGCACUGCAGAGAAAGGCAAAGCAGCAAAAGGAAAUGACUUUCCAAGAUAUGUAUAACAAUCAAGGCCUCUUUGAUGAAGAUGACGAUGACGAUGGUGACUGGGAGCCCGCACAAGAGCAUGUAGAAACUGUGAAGUGGUUCUGCACCAAUUGCACUAUGGUUAACCUUGAUGACGUUACCCGUUGUGAUAUCUGUGGGGAACAUAAAGAAUCCGGAAUUCUAAGACAUGGGUAUUUUGCAUCUCCCUUUUCAAAUGAUGUAGGCCCUAUAGAAGUUGAAUAUGAAACUAAAGGACACAAAGACUUGGGCUCCCAAAUUCAAACCUCGAAUAGUUCCACGGCAGUAGGUUUUGAUGAGAGAAUGUUGCUACACUCAGAAGUUGAAAUGAAGUCACAUCCACAUCCAGAAAGACCUGAUCGUCUCCGUGCUAUUGCUGCUAGCCUUGCUACAGCUGGUAUAUUUCCUGGAAGAUGCUAUCCUAUUUCUGCUAGAGAAAUUACAAAAGAAGAACUUCAGAUGGUCCAUUCCUUGGAGCAUAUUGAAACUGUUGAACUGACAAGCCAUAUUCUCUCUAGUUAUUUCACUCCUGACACAUAUGCCAAUGAGCAUUCAGCACGUGCUGCUAGGCUUGCAGCAGGUUUGUGUGCUGAUCUUGCUACAGAAAUUUUUUCUGGGCGUGCCAAAAAUGGGUUUGCUCUGGUUCGGCCUCCUGGUCAUCAUGCUGGUGUAAGACAUGCCAUGGGGUUUUGCCUCCACAAUAAUGCAGCCGUUGCUGCAUUAGCAGUUCAGGUUGCAGGGGCUAAGAAAGUGCUUAUUGUUGAUUGGGAUGUUCACCAUGGAAAUGGCACACAGGAAAUAUUUGACCAGAACAAAUCGGUCUUGUAUAUAUCGUUGCAUAGACAUGAGGGAGGAAAGUUCUAUCCUGGUACUGGAGCUGCACUUGAGGUUGGUACGAUGGGGGCAGAAGGAUACUGUGUGAAUAUUCCAUGGAGUUGUGGGGGUGUUGGCGAUAACGAUUAUAUUUUUGCCUUUCAGCAUAUUGUGCUUCCUAUAGCUUCUGAGUUUGCUCCUGAUUUCACCAUCAUAUCAGCUGGGUUUGAUGCUGCAAGGGGUGAUCCCCUAGGAUGCUGUGAUGUUACGCCUGCAGGAUAUGCACAGAUGACUCACAUGUUGUAUGCCCUCUCUAGUGGAAAGUUGCUUGUUAUUCUUGAGGGCGGCUAUAAUCUACGUUCAAUAUCAUCUUCUGCUACUGCAGUGAUUAAGGUAUUACUGGGUGAAAGUCCUGGAUGCAAUUUGGAUAACGCUUUACCUUCCAAAGCUGGCGCGCAAACUGCUCUGGAAGUCCUUAAGAUUCAGAUGAACUUCUGGCCUACUCUAGGAUCCAGAUUUUUGGAUUUGCAGGCGCAAUGGGGAAUGUACUGUCUGAAAAACAAAAAGAAUCGGAUUAAAAAGAGACGGCGGGCUGUGGCACCAUUAUGGUGGAAAUGGGGACAGAAAAGUUUAUUGUAUCAUCUCCUAAAUGGGCAUCUCCAUGUAAAAUCAAAGAGGUGCUGAUUGAUUUUGUAAUUCUUAACGUUUCGCACCCCUUGUAUACUACCAUCUAGUUUGAGGAUAAUGUACUUUUUGGCAUUCCCAUUAUGUUUUGGCGGCUUUAAUUGCACCAGAUUUCCCACUUUCUCCCCUCAUUUGUAGAUGUAGUGUAUGUAAAGAGACAAUUAUUUUCCAAGCUCUGUGGACUGAUUACUUGGCUCAUAAAACAGCAAUGAAUUGUUACUCAAAGGAUUGAGAUUCCCUACAA